UCGACUCUAUAAAUUAUUAAUACUCGCACAACACAGCCAACCUGUACUCAUACUGGUUUCAGAGUAUAAAGGAAAUUAACUAAGUUGUUUAACUUCAACACAGAGAGAGAAACCAUAACCCAUUUCUAUAUUUUCAGGUUCUGAUCCAUAGAACCUGAAACCUGGGCCUUACUUCACGUAAAUUCCAAGAAACAAUUCUGGGUUUUGGUGGAUUUAGCUGUUGUUGAGGCACUGAUCUUUUGUUAAGAGUGGUGAUAUUUAUAAAGCCGGUAGUAUUUUUCGACUAAGCAGUCCCUCAAUGUGGAGGGACACUAGCAUGGAAGUUUUCUCGAAAUCUUCGCGAGAAGAUGAUGAUGAAGAAGCUCUCAAAUGGGCUGCGCUACAGAAGCUUCCUACUUACAACCGUUUGACGAAAGGUUUACUGACAACACAGCAAGGUGAGACCAGUGAAAUCGAUGUACAUCAUCUUGGACUGAAGGAAAGGAGGAGUUUGAUUGAGAGGUUGGUGAAGGUCUCCGAAGAAGAUCAUGAGAAGUUCUUGUAUAAACUCAAGGACCGCUUGGAGAGAGUUGGAAUCGCUAUUCCCACAAUUGAAGUCCAUUUUGAGAAUUUGAAUGUUGAGGCAGAAGCGCACGUUGGAAGCAGAGCUUUGCCUACAUUCUUGAACUUCUCUGUUAACAUAAUGGAGGGUUGCUUGAAUUAUCUCCAUAUUCUUCCAAGUAGAAAGAAACAUUUGUCUAUCCUUCAAGAUGUUAGAGGAGUCAUCAAGCCUAGCAGAAUGACAUUACUUUUGGGUCCUCCAAGUUCUGGGAAGACCACACUCUUAUUGGCUCUAGCUGGAGAGCUUGAUCCCGACCUAAAGUUUUCUGGGAAGGUGACUUAUAAUGGCCACGAAAUGCAUGAGUUUGUUCCACAAAGAACUGCUGCUUAUGUCAGUCAACAAGACCUUCAUAUCGGAGAAAUGACUGUAAGGGAAACUUUGGCCUUCUCUGCAAGAUGCCAAGGGGUUGGAUCGCGUUAUGAGAUGCUAGCAGAGCUAGUAAGAAGAGAGAAAGAGGCAAUUAUUAAGCCUGAUCCCGAUGUUGACAUCUACAUGAAGGCACUGGCAGCAGAAGGGCAGGAGGUGAAUGUGGUGACAGAUUACAUUCUAAAGGUUUUGGGAUUGGAAGUCUGUGCAGAUACCUUAGUAGGGAAUCCAAUGUUAAGGGGAAUAUCUGGAGGACAAAGGAAGCGAGUUACAACUGGUGAGAUGUUGGUUGGACCAUCUAAAGUGUUAUUCAUGGAUGAAAUAUCUACUGGUUUGGAUAGCUCAACAACUUUUCAAAUUGUGAAUUCGAUCAAGCAAUAUGUUCACAUUCUCAAUGGAACUGCUGUCAUCUCCCUCCUCCAGCCAGCACCAGAGACUUAUAAUCUUUUCGAUGACAUUAUUCUCAUCUCUGAUGGCCAGAUUGCAUACCAGGGUCCCCGUGAACAAGUGCUUGAAUUUUUUGAAUCAAUGGGCUUUAAAUGUCCUGAGAGGAAAGGGGUGGCCGACUUCCUGCAAGAAGUGACUUCAAGGAAAGAUCAGGAGCAGUACUGGGCACAGAAAGAAGAGCCCUACAAUUUUGUAACAGUCAAGGAAUUCGCUGAGGCAUUCCAAUCUUUCCAUGUGGGACAGAAACUCAGAGAUGAACUUGCAGCUCAGUUUGACAAGGCUAAGAGCCAUCCAGCUGCUUUGACAACAAGAAAGUAUGGUGUCAAAAAGGUGGAGCUGCUGAAAGCUUGCUUGUCAAGAGAAUUCUCGCUCAUGAAGAGGAAUUCGUUUGUCUACAUCUUCAAGUUCACCCAACUUACGAUAAUGGCAAUGAUUGUUAUGACAACUUUCCUACGGACUGAGAUGCACCGAAAUUCAGUGACUGAUGGAGGAAUCUAUAGUGGUGCUUUGUUCUAUAGUGUUGUUGUCAUCAUGUUUAAUGGUAGUGCUGAGAUUUCCAUGACUGUUGCAAAGCUUCCUGUUUUCUUCAAGCAAAGGAAGCUCCUAUUCUAUUCCCCAUGGGCAUAUUCUCUCCCUGCAUGGAUCAUCAAGAUUCCAAUCACAUUUGUAGAAGUUGCUGUAUGGGUAUUCAUUACUUACUAUGUCAUUGGCUUUGAUCCAAGUGCUGGAAGGUUUUUUAGGCAGUACCUUUUGCUUUUACUUCUUAACCAGAUGGCUUCUGCCUUAUUUCGCUUUAUUGGGGCAAUUGGUAGGGGGGACCCGAUUCUUGCCAACACAUUUGGAUCAUUUGUACUGGUCAUGAUGUUUGCUUUGGGUGGCUUUGUCCUGUCCAGAGAGAACAUAAAGAAAUGGUGGAUAUGGGGUUACUGGAUGUCACCGAUAAUGUAUGCACAGAAUGCUAUAGUAGUUAACGAGUUUCUUGGGAUGAGUUGGAGACAUGUUCUCCCAAACUCAACGGAACCACUAGGAAUUGAAGUUUUGAAGUCCCGUGGAUUCUUUACACAUGCAUAUUGGUAUUGGAUAGGAGUGGGGGCAUUAAUUGGAUUUAUAUUACUUUUCAAUGCUGCCUUCACUCUGGCUCUCACGUAUCUCAAUCCAUUGGGAAAGCCACAGUCUGUUAAAUCAGAAGAACCUCAAAGUGAAAAAAAGAGCAUAGAGAAUGGAUAUGAAAUUAAGAGGGGCAGUAUCACCUCUAGCCCCUCAUCUAUUAGCGUAGAAGCUUCUGUAGAGAUCAAUCAGAACAGGAAAAGAGGAAUGAUUCUUCCAUUUGACCAACAUACCAUUACCUUCGAUGAAAUAAAGUACUCUGUUGACAUGCCACAGGAAAUGAAGAAUCAAGGUGUUACAGAGGAUAAAUUGGAGCUUCUGAAGGGUGUGAGUGGUGCAUUCAGGCCAGGAGUUCUCACAGCACUGAUGGGUGUAAGUGGUGCUGGUAAAACAACUUUGAUGGAUGUACUCGCUGGUAGAAAAACUGGUGGAUAUAUCGAUGGGAAGAUCACGAUUUCUGGGUAUCCAAAGAAGCAAGAAACAUUUGCUAGAGUUUCUGGAUACUGUGAGCAGAACGACAUCCACUCUCCUCAUGUAACUGUCUACGAGUCCUUGCUCUACUCAGCAUGGCUUCGUUUAUCCCCUGUUGUCGACUCUCAAAAAAAGAAGAUGUUUGUUGAGGAAGUUAUGGAACUUGUGGAGCUGAAACCAUUGAGACAGGCAUUAGUCGGGUUGCCAGGUGUAAAUGGUCUCUCAACUGAGCAACGUAAGAGGCUAACAAUUGCAGUCGAGUUAGUUGCCAACCCCUCCAUAAUUUUCAUGGAUGAGCCAACCUCAGGGUUGGAUGCUAGAGCUGCUGCUAUAGUUAUGAGAACUGUGAGGAACACCGUUGACACUGGAAGAACGGUUGUGUGCACCAUCCAUCAGCCAAGCAUUGACAUAUUUGAAGCUUUUGAUGAGCUAUUCCUAAUGAAGCUCGGGGGACAAGAGAUAUAUGUAGGGCCAUUGGGUCGCCAUUCUUGCUAUUUAAUCCAGUAUUUUGAGGGAAUAGAAGGAGUAAGUAAAAUUAAAGAUGGUUACAAUCCAGCAACUUGGAUGUUGGAAGUUACUUCAUCAGCGCAUGAAACAACUUUGGGGAUUGAUUUUGCUAAUGUGUACAGAAAUUCAGAGCUGUACAGGAGAAACAAAGAACUUAUUGAACAAUUGAGCAUCCCUACUAUUGGAUCGAAGGACCUCUAUUUCCCUACUCAAUACUCACAAUCAUAUUUCACCCAAUUCAUGGCUUGCUUAUGGAAACAACAUUGGUCAUAUUGGCGCAACCCACUGUACACUGCUGUAAGAUUUAUCUUCACGACUGUCAUAGCCCUGAUGUUCGGGACAAUGUUCUGGAACCUUGGCUCAAAAACGACAAAGCGACAAGAUUUGUUUAAUGCAAUGGGUUCCAUGUAUGCUGCUGUUCUCUUUAUUGGUGUUAAAAACGGUAAUUCAGUGCAGCCAGUGGUGGCUGUCGAACGAACUGUCUUCUAUAGAGAAAGAGCAGCUGGGAUGUAUUCAGCAUUGCCCUAUGCAUUUGCACAGGUUCUGAUUGAAGUCCCAUACGUUUUUGUACAAUCCAUGGUCUAUGGUUUUAUUGUAUAUGUAUUGAUUGGAUUUGAAUGGACUGCUGCUAAAUUCUUCUGGUACCUAUUCUUCACGUAUUUCUCACUGCUGUACUUCACCUUCUAUGGCAUGAUGACUGUUGCCGUGACACCAAACCACCACAUUUCUUCCAUAAUUUCCGCUGCAUUUUAUUCAAUAUGGAAUCUCUUUUCUGGAUUUAUAAUCCCACAACCUAGGAUCCCUAUUUGGUGGAGAUGGUACUCUUGGGCAUGUCCAUUAGCCUGGACCUUGUAUGGGUUGGUCGCAUCACAGUUUGGAGAUAAGAAAGACAUGCUUGAUACUGGUGAAAGAGUGGAAGAUUUUGUGAGAGACUAUUUCGGUUUCAAUCAUGAUUUCCUAGGAGUGGUUGCAACUGUCGUUGUUGGGUUUGCAAUACUAUUUGCAUUUAUCUUUGCUGUGUCUAUUAAAGUGUUUAAUUUCCAAAGGAGAUAGAUGUCGAAAUUUGAGAUAUCAUGGGAGGAGAUGAGAAAGAAAGAAUGGAGGAGAUUAACUAGGUCUCUCAAUACCAUUUAUUGCUGAAAAAUGAAAACACUGUAACAAAAUAAUUUCUAAAUAUGUGAAUAAUAAUGCCUAAAAUCUUGUUUUAA